AUGGAUGACCCCCUCCGCCAGCUGCAGUCUUAUCUGGAGCAAACGAAAGCAGGCAAGUCAGCGGCUUCGGCAACGCUGCUCAAUCAGGCUCAAGAAGGGUCCGUGGCGGACAAGAGCAAAGCGGGGUUGUGGCUGGGGCGCGGCAUCCUACGCUGGACAUGGACACACAACCUCGCGAAGCCGGUGGCUCCGGGCUCCUCAUGCUUGCCGAGCGUGACCCGCACACAGAGGCUGGCGGCGAGCGGCGCUUGUCUGGUACUGGCCGCACUCUGCUUCGGGCUGGCUGCGCUCUGUGUGCCCAUACUGCUGCUGCGCGCCCAUAAGUUCGCGCUGCUGUGGUCCCUGGGUUCAGCGCUGGCCCUGGCGGGCGGCGUGCUGCUCCGCGGUGGUCUCCCCUGCUCGCCCUCCCGGAGCGCGCUUGCGUACGCAGCUUCACUGGGCGCCACGCUAUACGCGGCGCUCGGCCUGCGCAGCGAGGCGCUCACGGUGGCCGGAGCCUGCGCGCAGAUGGCUGCGCUACUUGCACUGCUGCUUGGCCUGCUGCCGUGGGGCAGCAGCGCUGCGGUGCGCCUGGCCCUCGGGCGCUUGACACCGCGGGCCGGCCUUCCCGAACUGCCCAUCUGA